ACAUCUCUGCCAACAGCAUCGGCAACACCACACCAAGAAAGAGAAAAUAAAAAGCAAAACAAAAAAUGGCAGAACAACAUCAGUCAAUAGAAAAUUUUAUCGAAAUCGUAAAAAGUAACAACAUUUUGUGGGAUUUAACAAAUCCCGAUUAUAAAAAUAUAAAAAAGAAAGCUGUAGUUUGGAGGAAAAUAUCUCAAGAAUUUGGUUUACCACCUGAGACUUGCAAGAGAAAAUGGAAAAGUUUAAGAGAUUGUUGUUGCAGAGAUUUAAAUAAAAAAACAGAUCCUAAUCAGAGUGGAGAAGAGUCAGAAGCUGCAUGGAAAUAUCGUGAACACAUGGAAUUUGUUAGGGAUUUUAUCAAACCGAAAAUGUCAAUUUUUCAAACAACAGAUUCCAAAAAACCAAGUCCAACUCGCAUCUGGAAUGGAAAACCAAAGACAACAACGCUAGAGACAACAUUCCUGUCAACUAUGAAAACCGUGCAAGAGUCCCUGAAGAGACCUCAUCAGGACAAACCUAGUAAAUCAACUUCGGAUGAUGAAGAUGAUUUAUUUUGCCAAUCUCUUAUAAAAAAGAUUAAGAAAUUUCCAUUAUCCUUGAAGAAUGAUGCAAAACUCGAAAUGCUUCGGUUUUUAAAUUCCGUUGAAAAUAAGUUGCACAGUGAAACUGAUGAUGUUAAUAGUUUUUUAUAAAACUAAUUAU